AUGAAGGCGAGCCCGGAGCAGGGCCAAAGCCAGGCGGCGGCGGCGGCGGCGGCGGCGAGGGAGCCCGACGCGCGCUGGCCCCGGGACGGCGCCAAGAGCGAGACGACGGAGGCGGAGCGGCUGCGCACCCGCGAGCGCCUGGAGGCCACCCUGGCCGGGCUGGCCGAGCUGGAGUUCCUGCGCCAGCGCCACGAGCUGCGCGUCCAGCGGCUGCUGGCGGCCGGGCCCGCCGCCGCCGCCGCCGCCCCCCUGGCCGGGAGCUGCUCCGAGGAGCCGCCGCCGGGCGACGGAGCCGCCGCCGCCCCGCGCAGCUUGGAGGAGAAGUUCCUGGAGGAGAACAUCCUUCUCCUGCGGAGGCAGCUGAACUGCUUGCGGAGACGGGAUGCCGGCUUGUUAAACCAGUUGCAAGAACUGGACAAGCAGAUCAGCGACCUGAGGCUGGAUGUUGAGAAAACGGCAGAUGAGCACCUGGAGACGGACAGCCGCCCCAGCUCAGGGUUUUACGAGCUGAGCGACGGGGCUUCUGGGUCACUCUCCAACUCGUCCAACUCUGUCUUCAGCGAGUGCUUAUCCACUUGCCCCUCCAGUAGUUGCUUCUGCAGCCCUCUGGACGCCUCCUUGAAUAGCUCCGACGGACGGCCCAAGUCUGCAGAUCUCAUUGGCUGGCUGGAGUAUAACAAAGGAAGCCAACAUGAAGACCAGUCCGUGGGGAUGGUCUCUCGCUCUCCAUCCACACCCCACUCAAAUUCCCUUGACGUCAUCGCGGACGUGCAUCCGAAAUAUCAGUGUGAUCUGGUGUCCAAAAAUGGGAAUGAUGUGUAUCGUUAUCCCAGCCCCUUACAUGCCGUUGCUGUCCAGAGUCCCAUGUUCCUUCUGCCGGUGACCUGUAACCCCGCAAGAGAAGAGGAAGAGCGAACUGAUGACCAUCUUGUUGAUGUUUGUGUUGGUCCGGAGCUCGAUUUGGCAAAAACGGGCGCUCCCUGCCUCCCGCAAAAAUCCCAUUCUGCAGCCUGCCCUGUGGCCAACAGAAAAAUGGACGGCUACAUCUUGAGCCUGGUGCAGAAAAAGACCCUUGCGGUGAGGACUAACAAACCGAGGACGAAUCUGAACGCAGAUCCCGCCAAAGGGAUUUUGAGACACGGGAGCCUGUGCGUCCGGCAGAUGGCUGGUGUUGCUCACAACAACGCUGCCAGUCUUAAGAAUUUGAGUCCAGCCUUUCCACAUUCCAGUGGAACCCCCGCCGGACUAGAUAACGGGGCCUUCUCCCCCUUAAAACAGCUUUCGAGAGAAGCGGAGCACCUAGAGACCAAAAAGACGCUUCCGCCCACAGUCUUCCCACCAAAUGCCAACCAUGAACUUCAAAGCAAACAUCCGCCAAGGAGCAUCAAACCUCUAGAGGCGGCCCACUGUCCGGUGGCAAACAAGGGCGACGCCCCCAAGGAAAGCGUCCUGACCUUUGCGGCGUGUCCAAAAGAAAGCCCUUGCAGGCACACGACGCCCCUGAAGGACAACAAAGCUCUCCAGCUGCCCAAAAAGAUACUGUUUAAAAGCAACGGGGUGGUGCAGACAGCCUGCUCGAUUGCUCAGGAGACCAGGCCUCCUUUGGAUUUCAAGAGUGAGGGGUCAUCUUCUCAGAGCCUGGAGGAAGGGCUGUUGGUGAAUGCCCAGUACAUACCCGCUCAGCCGCAAACGGUCCGACUCCACAAAGGCACCAGGAGCAUCAAAAUUCUCAAGAGUUCAUUGGCCAAACACAGGUCCCAUCUGGUCCCGGUGCUGGAGAACGGGCCACAGGCCGGGCGGGAGAAAAGCAAACCCGCGGGCAAGAAGUGCCGUUUCCCCGACGACUUGGAUACAAAUAAGAAGCCGAAAAAGGCCACCUCGAGAGGGAAGAAAAGUGGCCACCUGCAGCCGGAGGCCAGCCUUCUGAGCCGGCCGCCGGGCGCACCGAAGUCCGUGGUGCGGCCCCACGGACACGGGCGAGAACCCGUGGUUGCGAAACCCAAGCACAAGAGGGCUGACUAUCGCCGUUGGAAACUCUCGGCCGAGGUGUCUUACGAAGAAGCCCUCCGGAGGGCGAGGAGGAACCGGAGAGAAGCCCUUGGGGUGUAUUCGCAGGCGCCCCCUCCCUACGUCAGCCCCUACGCCUACGUGGCCAGCGACUCGGAGUAUUCAGCCGAGUGCGAGUCCCUUUUCCAUUCCACGGUGGUGGACACCAGCGAGGACGAAAGGAGCAACUAUACCACCAACUGCUUUGGGGACAGCGAGUCUAGCCUGAGCGGGGUGGAGUUUGUCGGCGAAAGCGCCACCACCAGCGACUCGGACGAGAGCGGGGGGCUCAUUUGGUCCCAGUUUGUCCAAACGCUUCCGCUCCAGGCCGUGGCCGCCGCUUCGGAGCUCCACGAAAACGCAGCCAAAGCCUUUGUGAAGAUCAAAGCCUCGCAUAACCUGAAGAAGAAAAUCCUCCGCUUUCGAUCCGGCUCGCUCAAACUGAUGACUACUGUCUAAAUACACGCUGGGCGCACAUAAUAACAAUGCUGAUGUUGAUGACGAUACAUAUGCCCACUGGGGGGACGAGUGUGUGUGUGUGUGUGUAUUUUGUAUUUGUGUAAGGGUAUGUAGGAACCAAGUUCUUGGUGGGUCUCGGUCACGUUCGUUCACGCAAGCAGUGUCAGCUCAGAUGCGACUAGGGUUGUCGCCAACGUCUGACUGGGUCGGGGAGGCCAAUGGACACCCCUUCCCCCCCCCCCAAUCCCCCUGGAUCCAGUUGGAUGUGCUCGACGCAAGCACACCCAAUCACCCUGGCUGCCAAAAUCAUGCACUU